AAAGGGUCACUGUUUAAAGUUCGAUUUGCAAUAAUAUCACAGCUUAAAAAAAAAUCGAUUUCGGGUGAAAAAACUUUGGAGGACCAACUCCUCAAGCUUCCCAGGUUCGACGACCAAUUGACCAAGAUGGGGUUUGAAUUGGAAGAAUUUCAACCCAUUUUCGGUGAAGCAAAACCAGAGUUUGAAGCUUCUGCUACCUCUAAUGGCGAUGGCGUUCCGGCGUUGACCCCAUUUUUGUUCAGGGUUUCUUCCGUUGACUCCUCUCACCUCGUCUUCCAUGUCACUGAUUUUCGUUCCAACACUUGGGAGGCUCGUCGCUCUGUUCACCAACUCGACGACAUGAGAGAUGGCAUAGGCAUUGGUGGUUCCUGGUCUGAUUUUAUAAAUUAUCUAACUGCUUCUUUAAAAUCAAAAGAUGUGAAGCUUAUCAUGGAUUGGCAGCCUAAAUCAAGUGGUGUUACAUCUGCAAAAUUGGUUGCUCGGAAAACUAAAGGGAUGCCCUUAAUGUCUAUUUCACUUACCAAGCUUGGAUCUUCUUCUGCUAGUGAAGCUGUAGCAAAUCUGUCAUUGGAGCUCUAUAGGGCAUACAGUAUCCUGCAAGAUUCUUUUGUAAAAGAGCAAAAGCGCUGCUGUCAGUUGACCGAAGUGUUUUCUACAGAAAAGGAAAAGAGCCAAGCAGUCAAGAGGAAGCUUGAUCAAUUGGAACAGCAAAGGCUAAAGAAAACAACUGGGAGCGGGAAUGCAGUUUCUCCUCUAUACUCUGAUACUUCAUCUGUUACUGCUGGACUGAAUUCUUCAGAUAAACAGCCAGCUGCUGAAGUCGAAUCUGCUAAAGUUGUUAAUCGCGUUGUACCUGCCUAUCGCAGGGCUAAAGUCAGAGGAGUUGUUCUUUGUGACACUGAAGAGAAAGAAGGGAGCUGAUUGUUGGAGAGGUUGGGGAAUACGGUUUUAGAGUACAGCAGGUACCAACUUUGUUAUUCACUAGAAGUGGGUCUUCUCGGGAGGUGAAUGACGAUGGAAGUAUAGUCCCGUGAAAGAUGACUACUUGCCCACCCGUGAAGAAAGGGCUGGUUCAUAGGCCAUUAAAAUGAAGAAAUACAUUAGGAUGUGUAGAUUUCAGGCAAUACAUUUGUUUACUGUUUAAUUGCUUUUUGUAUAUAUGCUGAAUGUACUUAAUCAACUAUGUAACAGCUUGGCAAUUUAAAGAAGCAAAUUAGGUUAUUUCAAAGGUUA